AACGUCUAGAAUGCCAAACAGCAAUUAGCACUUAAACGGAAUAAAACCCACAUUAAGAAGUUCAAUCCGAAAAGAGCAGCUCAUUAGAAUAAUGCAUAAGUUAUUGAUUGUCAGUGCCUUGUUGGCUGUUGCCUCCGCAGUUGUCCUGCCUGCACCAGCAUAUCCUGCCUAUCCAGCUGUGGCCAAAGUAGCCAAAGUGGUUGGUCCCGAGCCUUACGAUCCAAAUCCUCAAUACAGCUACAACUAUGAUGUCCAUGACCCCACAACCGGUGAUAUCAAGAGUCAACAGGAGACACGCAAUGGCGAUGUCACCAAGGGUGCCUACUCACUGGUUGAACCUGAUGGUACCCGCCUUAUUGUGGAAUAUACCGUAGAUCCUGUUAGUGGUUUUAAUGCCGUUGUCCAACGUGAAGGUGUUGCCAAGGUGGCUAAGGUUAUUGCGCCGGUUGCUAAGGUUUUGGCACCUGCCCCUCUAUAUCACGCACCAGUUUUGGCCAAACCUGUCUUGCCAGCCUAUCCAGCUUUGCACCCAUUGCCAGCUCUGGGUCCAUACCAUGGCUAAGUUGAGUAUUACAUAAAAUACCCAAUGGCGAAACUGAUGACGGACCAGGCUUUAUUUUGUUUUAUCAACGAUCGACCGACCACGCACGCAGACACACGCACACACAGGCAGGCAGCUACAAACCUCAAAACGAACCUCAGUUUUUAUAUUCCUAAGGCAUAUUCAUCCAAGCGCCC